AUGACUUUUCUCGUCUUUGCAGAAGGACUUCGCUAUUCAUUACUUGACAACAGAUUCAGCUUUUUUGAAACGUCUCAAAGAUUUACCAUAAACUACAACAUAAUGUCUUCGCACAGAUUUGUGGGUUUGGUGGCCCUUAUCUUAGCGCUGGUAAUGGUGUUUGGUAUGUGUGACGCCGGCUAUCGUAAGCCCCCAUUCAAUGGCAGUGCAGAGGAAAUGAUGGGCAUUUGCGAAGCGGUUGUCAAUCUGAUCCCACUCUGCAAUCCCUGGAUCUCGAAGAUAAACGAAGCGAACAAUUAAUUCAAUAUUUAUUAUAAUUAUUAAAACUUAUGUUAAUUUUUUCUGAAAAUAUUAUAUAAAUUUUAAGUUUACUAUUAUAUAUCAUAUUAUGGA